GUAUUCACAGUGCCAAUCCUGUGUGUGGAUGAGGCGUACUCUCUCCUUCAAAGACUAACAUCUCAAGGGAAGUCCACAUCUCAGAUGAGCCUCUCAACAGAACGCCUCUGUAGAUGUUAUGAUGGUGAUUUCUGGUACGUACUUAGAGGGACAAAAGGCAAGCGAGUUGGUGUGACCUCAGAUAGCCCUCCUUGCUUUUACCACUCCUCAGUAGUUCCUGGAGUCAGUUUUGCCAAACAUUGUGGCUUCAAAAAAUGGGUUGGCAGAGAGAAUGCUUUUCUUUUAUCGAAGAUCAGACGAUCUAGCAGAAAACUCUGACUCUCUUGACGAGAUAGCUGAUAAAUCCCAUUGAUCCAAGAAGAUGAAGAUAUCGACGCUAUGUUUUUUUUCCACUAAGAACAGAUUAUUUCCAGUCUCAGUUUUACACUGGGAUGCGAAAGGCCGCAGAUACCGCCUUAAAUCAGGAAGCGGGACUUUUAUGGUCAGUGGGGAAACAAAGGAUGUCAUCGUUGCUGAAGCAUCAGCACACUUCAACCUCCAAAAACAAAUCCUCGUCUUUCAAGAUGGCACUGAAGCGCCGGAAGAUUUUAAUCUUCCGACAUAUACUCGCAACAAAGGGAUAAAGUAUCCGUACAAAGCAAAGGUGUCUGAGAGGCUAUACUUGCUUCACAUUAGUGAGCAAAAAGGUAGAGGCUCCAAUAUUUACAAACAUCAUUUUUUUGGACGACUUACAAUACUUUGAUGAUAAGAUGGAUGACUUAACAUUCCACAUUGUCAAUUUUCGUCACAUAUCGACAUGCACCACAUAAAAAAACCUGGUGCCAAUUUUUCAAAAGGUGGAUAGCACUAUCCACCAGAUAAAUCUCUACUCAGUGGAUUAAGUACAAUUAGUUUCGCUAAUACUGGUCCGCUGGAUAGAGAUUUCUCCGCUGGAUAGAGCUACCUCAAACAUUUUGCCCAAUUGAUCAGUUCUUGCCUGUUAAAAUGUUAUCUGUGACAGCCCUUCACUAUUUUACAGUGUAGUCGUUUGUGUAUUUCCUUGCAACAGUUUAGCUGGGCUAGCAAGGUUUAAAUUAUUAAUAAAGAUGAGUAUCAUGCUAAUGUGAACACAGUACUAUCAGACAGCUAGAAUUUCAUACGCAUUUAGUGAAGUAAAAAAAUGACAACUGACUCAAAAAUAUUGAUUUGCCGCUGCUGUCAUUUCAGCCAAGUAAUUUUGACGAAUAACAGGAAUGACUUUAGUCAUUAUCGACCGAAAUUGUUUAGUUUCUUUUAUUUUCUCCUUCAUUUCAGAUCUGAAAGUCCUUCGCAGGCUAUCCUUUUCUUAAUUGAAUGGAUACUUGUCACGUUACAGACAUUCCAGAGGACCAAUGGAGUGAGAUCUUCAUAUCACAUGACAUGUGCCAUGUGGAUAGAAUCAAUGUCGCACAGAAGGCUCUGCGCUUUCAUCCACCUUUUGACGAGUGGUUGAAAGCAAACAAGAUUAUCGAUUCAUUACACAUUGCUUACAGUAAGUCAGAGGGUUGCAAA